AUGACUCAGCAGUUCCGCUACAUUCCCGCGGCCUCAGAGCGAGACCAAAGACAACUAAGUUAUUUAUUUAAAUGGACGUUUCCCUGGAUGAAAGACUCUGCUUUUGAUACCAAGGUCUCUCUUUUUUUAUGUUUGAUACCAGCUGAUUUUGUUGUUGCCAAAAAUAAACAGAAAUAUUUGUGAGGUCAGCUCUGUGGUGUGUUUGGAAGAGGAGACCCUUUGUUGGGAGUUCUUUGUGGGAACUGGAGCGUUUGGGAACAUGUGAUGCCGCCAAUAUGGAGCGGAGGUCGGUGGCAGUCAGGACCCCUCCAGCAGGUCCCGGGGUCCGAUCAGUGGCCAGGGCCUGGAGCCUGACUAGAGCUUCCUGCCCCUCCACUCUGGAACCUGCGUUUGCUUCCAGUGAAUAACUAUGAGAGACGAAAGUCAUGCUGAGUGUUCAUAUUUAUCACGAAUCAUAGAAUGGUGUAAUGGCUAGGGACGCUCGUGUCACGUGACGGAUUCCCGCGCUGCAAGAAAAGAUGGCGGCGCAGGUGUUGACGUCGAGCUGCACUGCUCUCAGGAGGCCAGGCAACUUGGGGUCUCAGCGGAUGAUUGACAGAGGUUCCAAACAGGACGUGAUGUGGACCAGCGCGUGCUUUCGACAGAAAGUGAACAACCACAGAUGGAAGAGGCUGUGUUUGUCCAGGAAGUUACAGGAAGGUGACUCACCAGCGCAGGAAGCCCAGGCAGAAUGGAACGGCAAGAUCCAGGACUUCCCUGGAACUGGACCUGUUGGCAGUUUGCAGACACACGAUGGACUUCUCUCAGCAAACACUUGCCAGCAGUGGCAUGGAACGCUGCAGACUGAAAAUGGUGAACUUCCAGAUUCAGCAGAACCACAUCUCGCACGAGACGCAAGGACUCGGCAGGAAUGUUCUGGUGGUCCGCCGAGGAAAACCCUUCAAACUUACACUGGUGUUCCGCAGCCGGCUGUGGAAUCCUGAUGUGGAGAACCUGCUUCUGGAGGUUCUGCUGCUAGAUGAGCUGUCGGAGCAGAUCCCGGUCCAGUUCUCCAACCUGUGGUUGGACUCCCUCUGCUGGUCUGCGAGAGUCUAUCCUGGUGACAUCCAUUCGCACUCAGUUACCGUCCACAUCCGCUCACCGGUGCUGUCAGCGGUGGCUCUGUAUCAGCUCUUCAUUCACAUCGAGACUCCCUGGGACAGACGCAGCUACAAAGCAGGAAAUUUUGUGCUGCUUUGCAAUCCCUGGUUGGAAUCUGAUCCAGUCUACAUGCCACUGGAGGUCCAACUGCAAGAGUACGUCAAGAGCGACUUUGGUGUGGUCUUCAUGGGCACCAACACCAACGUCUCCAAACGUCCCUGGUGUUUCGGACAGUAUGAUCCCGGGGUACUGGAGGCCUGUCUGAAGCUCUUGGAGGUCAGCCCGCAGCACCUCAGGGACAGGUGUAUGGACUACUUGAGAAGAGCUGACCCAGUCUACCUGUGCAGGGUUCUUUGUGCCAUGGUGAACUCCAACGAUGACAUGGGCGUGCUGGAGGGCAGGUGGCAAGGCAGCUAUAGAGAUGGUGUCAAACCCACCGAGUGGAGUUGCAGCACCGACAUCCUGCGGCACUGGGUGGCAUCCAGGUGCAAGCCGGUUCGCUACGGCCAGUGCUGGGUGUUUGCAUCCGUGCUCUGCACAGUGUUACGGGUGUUGGGCGUUCCCUCCAGGGUGGUGACAGUUUUUAACUCCGCCCACGAUGGUGAUGGAAACCUGGUGACGGAAGAGUUUUACUCCAGCACCGGCGAGAAUCUUGGCCUCUCAAAGGACAGCAUUUGGAACUUCCAUGUGUGGGUGGAGUGCUGGAUGAGGCGGCCAGACCUUGGCCCGCAGUUUGAUGGUUGGCAAGUUGUGGAUCCGACGCCUCAAGAGAAGAGUGCAGGGACCUACUGCUGCGGCCCAUGUCCUGUGGUGGCCGUGCAACAGCACUGCUUCGGCGCUCCCUUCGAUACCUCCUUCAUCUAUGCAUCCGUGGACUCUGACGUCGUACGGAUGAUAGUGCGGGACGGCUUGGUGGUGGGCAGGACAGUGGACACUGAGUGGGUGGGACAACUCAUCUACACCAAACGCAUUGGUUCUGAUGGACCAGAGAACCUGACGCACACCUACAAGAGGAAGAAGAGACAGACAGUAAAUGGUGGAAGAAUGGGCGCAUUCACAGAACACAGUUUUGUUGCAAGUCCUUCUCUCCAAUCUGAUCCUGUCAAUCAAACUGCACUGAUGUCGGAUACAGCUCAGCUCUUCGGCGCGUCCAGAUCAGCUGGAGCACAAGGACUGUCACCAGGUUUGGAGGUGUCCCUGAGCCUGGACGGCGUGCCCAUAGUAGGAAACACCAUCAACUUACAAGUGACACUCACCAAUCGGUCCACUGGCUCCAGAGUGGUGAGGGAGCACCUGAGCGCUCAGGUGAAGAAGUACCACCGCAGCCCUCUGGAGACUUUAUGGAAGGAACACAGAGAUGUUCAGCUGCAGCCACUUCAGGAGUUGGUCCUACGCCACUCCAUCCGUCCCUCCGUGUAUGAGUCGGUCCUGGCAGGUGACGACAUCAUGAAGGUGGUGGUGGUUGUGAAGGACUUGAAAAGCAAGGAGCGAGUUCUGGACACGCUGGACUUUGAUGUCAGCUCACCACAGAUCCACUUUGAGGUCGAAGGUGGUGACACUGUACAGGUGAAGACGUCAACCACCGUCCUGGUCUCCUUCACCAACAGACUGUCCAAAGCUCUGAGUGCAGCCGUGCUGACCGUGGAAGGGUCCGGGCUGCUGACGGGACAACAACAAUCCAGGAUGCUCCUGCUGCAGCCGAGUGAUGUGAUCGCGAAGAAGGUCUCCAUCACACCGUCCUCACCUGGAACUAAACUUCUGAUGGCCACCUUCUCUCACGGGAAAAGCCCCAGUGUCGUCUCCAGAUGUUUCCACAAGGUCUCCGUCACAGACGACUGAGCUGACCACGUCGACCUGCGAAGCCUCUCCUGAAGACGAAUUAUUCCUCGCCGAACAUGCUCCCUCAUUAAAGUCGCCUUUACUUUCCCACCGAGGAACGUUUGACAAAUUCCUGCUGGUUCUGGGACCAACACGGAGCUAUUUUUGGUCUGUUUCAUCGGGGUACCACUGUCCAACUUUCCCGAGUCACAGAUUAAUGAGAUGACUUAGAGUUGUGGUGGAGGAGUUGUAGACCUCCUGGUGGUUGUGAUCUACCGGCCACUGUAACCACUUCUCCUGACCGUGGCGCAGAAACCAUCAAGUUACAUUAAGGCUGCAGCAGCAAGAUUUCUUUUGAACUCAUUUCUGUUUCUUUUUCUGCCUCUCACGCACUAAGGAGUGUUGAACAGGGAGCGAGAUCUCGCAGGAGUGUGGAAUGUAAAUACACGGCUGCUGAUUGAUGCUCCAUAUGAUCAUGAAUAUUAAUAGCGCUUCUGUCGCCGGCACCAGUGAGCAGCGGAUAAUUCAGACCAACGUAAAAGUGUGAAAGAUUUUCCUGCUCUUGGAGCGACUCCAGCUUCAUCAUCAGCUCAAAUGUAGUUUUCAGUCAGAUGCUUUAAUUUCACGCUGAGCGCAUUUCAAUACCGACGCAAGGACGCAGGCGGAGAAGGACAAAGAGGAAAUAUGAGGUUUCACUUUUUAUUGGCUGAAAAGAAAGUGGAGCCUGAUUGUCACGAGGAGCAAAUGGAAGCAAUUUCUGUCCAACUAAGGAGAGCACGUUUUUAUUAAUCCUCUUGUGUGGGGGAAAAACGCAGACACGUAAAGGGAUUUUUUUCUGGCUCAUUUUUAUUUUCUCCAACUUUUUUGAAAUAUCGAUUGAGCACAUACAAAUUUUCUUUGUUGUGGACUUUUUAGUGAUUUAUCUGAUGGCAGUUGGUUUUAUAACUAUUUUUAAUAAUAUAUUUAAUAUGCUUUUUUCAUUUUCAGUUUAUUUUUUUCCCUCCUCAGUAAUUCGUCUUUCAAUAUAAAAUAAUGGUCAUUUUUGUUUUGUACUGCUAACAGUAUUUUUCUCCUAAGCUAUUUUGCAAGGUCCCAGGCAGCACUGAUGCCCAUGUCGGCCCUCAGUCUGUUCUUGCCUGGCUGCAGAGGAGCCGUGACUGCCAUAUAAUAAGACUUAGGUCAUGAAAAGAAAUGAAAUGAAAAAGUCAGAUGUUGCCUCCGAAGUGAGCUGUGUGUCUUCAGUGGCAUGGAAGUCAGAAACAUCUUCACCGGAGAACCGUGUGCGCUGUGGCUUCAGGAAAUGAUGAAAACACAAACAACUGGGUCAGAGUGAACAAGAAGAGACUUGAGAGGGCCUCCAGUUCAACCUAAAUUAAAGUGAGGAGAAACAUUUGAAAACAAUUAUUUUCGUGGGAAGGUUGGCAGCUGUUUCAGAGCCUCUCCUCAUUUUCAAAAGCUCUUCAUUUGAAAUAGCCGGCCAUGAUUCUCAGCGUCUCCACCUGAGUCUCACUGCGGUCUGGCUUUCGAGGGGGACUUCUGUCUGUGGACCUGAAGGCCUGCGGGGAGUUGAAAACACGCAGGAGCUCCAGCUGCGGAUCCAGGCGUUCACCUUCUCCACACGUCUUUGACUGGCGCUGUCAAUGUUUCGUUUUGUUUUGCUCCAAGUUAAAAAGCCAGUGAGCACUGCUCGUCCUGUUUGGUCCUGUAUGAUGGAUGGA